UGAGUUUUGACCACGUUACACUAGUUCCCUUCACCUUCCUCGAAUGUCUUCUCCGCCUCCACUACGCCAUCCCGUCCCAACACAUCCAGCGUAUAUCCCUGAGCCUCCAUCAACCCCCGGCUCUCCCCAAGGAUAUCAACGUUUUUCAUCUUCGCCUCAGCCCGCUCCAACUCUCAACCAGCCAGCUUACGCCCACCAUGUUCCCGCAUAUACAUCCCCAUUCCAACAUCAGCAACAACACCAGCCGCCUGUUCCCUCCGGCCAACAACCACCACCACCUCCGAUGAUCCCUGCGCAGUUAGGGCCUUGGGGGAUGAAUGACGCCACCGCACAAUUUGGGAUGCAAUUAGGACAAAGUGCGGUAGCUGCUGGGCAGGAAUACGUGCAACGCACUUGGGGUGGCGUCUUUCCCAGUGCACGUGUGAAACCUCAUUUCAACGUCUCGAAUUCCUACGUGAUACACAAACUUCGUAUCCUUCUCUUUCCGUGGAUUCAAAAGCAAUGGGGUCGCAAGUCUUUUCGGACCGAUGCUGGUAGUACUGAAUUCCUUCCGCCGCGCGAGGAUGUUAAUAGCCCCGAUCUCUACAUUCCCCUGAUGGCGCUGGUUACAUAUAUUCUACUAUGCGCACUUCAUUCAGGGAUACAGGAUGAUUUCCGUCCUCAAGUUCUUGGCGAAUCGGCAUCACGUGCCAUCAUGGUGGUCAUACUAGACUUCCUCUUUGUUCAAUUGGGUUGCUAUUUCUUGAAUGUUUCGGGACCAAGCCACUCUAUCGAUAUAAUCGCGUAUGGAGGAUAUAAGUUCGUCGGUGUGAUCCUGAUAAUUUUGUUUGGGUUUCUGAACCUAGGGCGUACUUUGGGUACUGUGGUUUUCAUAUAUUUCUUCUUCGCGAAUGCCUUUUUCCUAAUGCGUUCCUUGCGCUCGCUAGUCUUGCCCGACGCUGCAUCUCGAGCUGCAUCUGCUGAUCCUUACGCGACGACGCCUUCUGGCUCGCAACGCCGGCGGAGGAUCGCUUUUCUUCUGGUGGAAGCAACCUCACAAGUAAUUUGGAUAGGGGCUCUAGCACGCAUAUAACCAUUCCUACAUAGUACAUAUGUAAUGACAUGCCUACUGGUUGGAUGUGAAUCUAUCCAAUGCCGAUGGUUUGCGAGGAACAAACUGUGGAUCUUCUAUGACCUUCUUUUCUGUGCGUUGUCGGUCCAGCUUUGCUCUGAUGGCCACUGCCGUCGGAUCGAUGACAUUUUUGCGUUGUUUACGAAGUUACCGGCUGAGACUCUUGCCCUUGCCGCGCAUUUUUUUGCGUUCCUUCUCUUCUCGCGUGCCCUUGAACUCAAGGUCAUCAGGAUCCAACGUGUCUGUUUCAUCAGCAUGACCCGAAGCGCGCAGACGGUCUAUGCGAGAUAAGCGAGAAAAUGGAGUGGAAUUCCCCCCAGUCAUCGUGGACACUAGUGUGUCCUUCGUUUCUGAUGCCAGUGACCCGAUGAAUUCCGGGUCCAAAGAGAUCAUGUCCGACGGUAACUUGUCGAGCAGCGCUCUGACUUCCUUCUCUUGACGUCCUUUGCGGUUUUCGAAUGGAUUUGCUUCGCCCGAAUCGAAGUUUGGUUCCCCUACACCAGGAACGAUGAGAUUAGUCAAACCACUGUUGUGACCAAUGGUCAACACGUCCUGGAAUGGUGCGAAGCGCACCCCCACCAGCGGUCGUUGGGGAAUAAGAUGGGUGAGAUACAAGGGAGGUUGGACAUGCCCUAGGAACGGCUGCUGGAUAGUGGGUGCAGUGUAAACCUGUUUUGUGAGGUUACUUCUGAUCACCAGUCAGGAAAGAACAGCAUACAUUGACCGUGCUUCCUGUUGCAACAGCAAGGGCUCCACGUUGGCUGUACUCCAGUUCAGCAGAACCACCCCGAGCUGACCAUUCUCGGACCGCGCCUCUCCAGUUCCGACAAUCCCAAAUUUUGACAUUUCCGUCCCGACCAGCUGUCCCCAUGUAGCGCCCCCCGGAGCUCGGGUCAAUCGAAACACUCGCGACAGGGCCCAAGUGCGCAAGGACUUGAACUGCAGGAUUCGGCAUAUUUGGGGUCCAGAGUGUGACCCGGCCGUUCUGAUGUCCUAGAUGUAUCACAGCAUUGUGCGCAUUUUGAGUCAUGACCUGACACGCUCCAAACUUGGUCCGCUGUUCAACGAGCAGUUGACCGGUUGAAGUGUCCUGAUACUUUAGAUAACCAGCGUUUCCCUUUGAAAAAUAGUUAGAGACAUCUUCAGUGAAGAGCCAUACCGCUCACCACACUAGCAAGAAGCCAAUGGAAAGGUAGAAACUCCAGUCGCGUCGGCUCUAUGUGCGCUUUUAAACAAUGCAGUUCAACUCCAUCCCGAUCGUAUAUGAAUACGUAUUUCUUCUGGGCAACUGCGAAAUGAGAAUGAUCAUGCAAAAAACUAUGUAUAGGUUAGAUGAAUGCCGGAACAAGCAGCUCAGCGCACGUUAUAUCCCGACAGGUCUCCUGGAGCUGCAGCUCAGAGUGCAUAGUUCCGGUUUGCCAGUCAAAAGUCGACACAUGGCCCAAACUUCCAGCAAUCGCUAGAUGCCUGUAAAUUGUCUCAGCAGAGGGAACGAGUCACUACCGCCCGAUCGACCUUCCGUUCCGACUAUACCGGCAACGGUACGGUCCCCCGUCUAGAUACCAUUCUUUUCGACCACGGGAAGCCUCAGCACCAGCCUCCGUUUCGAUUUCAGCCUGCCCAACCCUCCAAGAUCGUUCAAGAUCGUUUUCCGCCUGAAGGAGGCCGGCGUCGCCAGCAAGAAGCAUCGCCGCAUCUUCUACAAGUGUCCUGGCGCGCGCAGCUUGCGUGGCUUGGUGUGUGAGUUCUUUGCGUAGCUUUUUAUUGGGAAUGUGCCGGUGCCUAGGUACGUCGAGAGGUGCGUCGUCGUUAAGCGACUUGGGUACUCGUGAGUGCUUUUUGAUAGAAUCUCGUGUCUCGUCGUGAGAUGUCUUCCGCUUUUUGUGCCUGGGCUGGCGGACCUCCGCUGCAUCUGCCUUCGCAAUGAGAGCGUCCAUUGACAAGAUU